AAACAAUAAAUCCAUAACCUUUUAAUUUUUAUUCAUCUCUCUUUAUUACAUGCCACAUUCACACAACACAUCGUCACGCCAAAGCUAAGCAUAUCCUCUUUCAUAUUCUUUUACACAACCACUAUUUAUAUAUCUCUAUACUACCCUCUUCCUUCUUCCUCCAAUCUCAUUAUCUUAUUCGUUUCCUCCCUAACCAAAAUAAAAUAUAAUAAGAAUUUGAGUUUAUAUUUUUUUGAUGAAGUUUGGAAAGAGGAUUAAAGAACAGAUACAAGAGUCGUUGCCGGAGUGGCGGGACAAGUUUCUCCGUUACAAGGAACUCAAGAACCUGAUCUCUUCUCCGGCUCCGGCUGAAUCUAUAUUCGUUGGUUUGUUGAACGCAGAGAUCGACAAGUUUAAUGCCUUCUUUGUGGAACAAGAAGAAGAUUUCAUCAUCCACCACAAGGAAUUGCAAUACAGGAUUCAGAGAUUGGUUGAGAAAUGUGGAGACAAUGAAGAAAUGUUUAGAUUGGAGAUUGGUGAGAUCAGAAAGGAUAUAGUCAAUUUCCAUGGAGAAAUGGUUCUUCUUGUCAACUAUAGUAACAUCAAUUACACUGGAUUAGCAAAGAUAUUAAAGAAGUACGACAAGAGAAGAGGAGGAGGAAUAAGAUCACCGUUUAUUCAAAAGGUUCUUCAUCAGCCUUUUUUCAAGACUGAUCUUGUUUCAAGACUAGUGAGAGAGUGGGAGACGACGAUGGACGCGGUGUUUCCCGCGACGGUGGCUGAGGAAGGUUACGAAAGAUCUGCGGCUGUGACUUCGGCAGCGGCGGGAGAAGGUAUAUUUAGGAAUACUGUUGCCGCGUUGUUGACAAUGAGAGAGAUGAGAAGAGGAAGUUCGACUUACAGUGCAUUCUCACUUCCGCCGCUAAAUAUUUCGGACUCUGAUCUUGUUCUCCGAUCUGUUCACCUCUCUUCUCCCAUACCUAUUCCUUGAUGAUGUUGCUAAUGCUAGCUAAGGUAGUUGUUUGUUCACUCAAGUCUAUCUUAAUUAGAACACAAAAAGUAUAUUCAGCUUAAUUAUCCAGGAAAAUGGCAUUUAUCGUAAUAUUUAUUUUUGUAACUCUCUUUUUUAUUACCUUGGUAUUAUAAUGAGCAUAUUUUUUUUUUA